AUGAUUAAAAUUCUUAUUCAAAGUUGUUUAAUGUAUCUAUUCUACAUUUUAUAUGGAAAUACACAGACAACACAUGAAGGAAGAACUUUAUUUAAUAAACAUACAGAUUAUAGAAGGUCAUUAUUAAAAUGUAAAGUUCCUGAACAACCGAGACCAAAUUAUUCAGGAGGAGAAUUAAGUUGGGAUAAUGAAUUAGAAGAAUUAGCUGGUAGACAAGCAUCCGUAUGUAAUUUAAGUAGUGAAUAUAAGAAAAGUGAAAUAGAAAAAGAAUAUCGUGAUCAAAUUGGUAUCAAUACAGCGGAUAAUUCGGAUGUUAUAAAAGCUGUGGAAUCAUGGUUUCAUGAAUAUGAAUUAUAUGACUUCACAAACAAUGAAUGUAAAGUUCGUAAUGAUUGUUUACAUUAUAAAAGGAUUGUAUGGGGUAGAGCUGAAUUUAUGGGUUGUGCAGUUGGACAUUGUAAUCCUAACACUGAAGUUAAAUCAGGCCAAAUAAUUGUUUGUUAUUAUUCACCCAUGGGUGAUGUGAAAGUGUCACAGCCAUACGUAGAGAAUAAAAUUGAUCCCUGCCAUCAUCCUCCAAUAACAACAACAACAACAACGAUAAAGCCAAUUACAGUAACUAGAAAAUUACAAAUGGGUCCAUAUGGUCGUUAUCGUUGUGAUUGUAAAUGUCAACCUUAA